AUGGGGAGCCUCCGCGGCCUGCGCCUGGCGGCGGGAAAUUGUUUUAGGUUAUGUGAAAGAGAUGCUUCCUCAUCUGUAAGGCUCACCAGAAACUCUGAUUGGAAGGGAAUAAAUGGAUUUUGCACCAAACCCCAGGAAAGUCCAAAGCCUCCAUCCCAGACUUACAGCCACAGAGUGCCAUUACACAAACCUACGGAUUGGGAGAGGAAGAUCCUGAUAUGGGCAGGUCGCUUCAAAAAGGAAGAUGAAAUCCCAGAGACUAUCUCGUUUGAGAUGCUUGAUGCUGCGAAGAACAAGCUCCGGGUGAAGAUCAGCUAUGUAAUGAUCGCCCUGACAGUGGCAGGAUGCAUCUUAAUGGUUAUUGAGGGCAAGCAGGCUGUCAAAAGACACGAGUCUUUAACAAGCCUGAACUUAGAAAAGAAAGCUCGUCUGAGAGAGGAAGCAGCCAUGAAGGCCAAAACAGAGUAA